AUGGCCCGUAGCUCAAGCCUCUUGGUGCUGGCCGUGGUGGCAUGCGCCACCUACAUGCUGCUGCCGGGCGAGAGCUUCACCGCUCCUCAGGCACUUCGCGGCAGCACGCAGCGUGAGGCGGGAGCCUUGGCUCAGGCACCCACCUUCCAGGAGGGCCGCGUGCUGGAGGUGAGCAUGGCCGCGACGGGAGGUGAGCCCCAGAGGCUGAACCUGGUCUUCAUCGGUCUCCUGGCGGGCGGUGCCGCCAUUGGCCUCCUGUCCGUCUUCUUCUACGGCGCCUACUCCGGCGCCGGCAGCGGCCUGUGA